AUACACAAAUGAAUAGAAUUUUAAUCUGAGGUUCUAUUAACACGGAUAAUACCCCCAGGGCGUCCCUAGAUAAGCGACCAAGCCAAUCAACCUCCAUUACCAUUAAAUCAAUUAUCUAUUUCCUUAUAAGCCAGUGCCGAAGGGCCAAGCCUGCCAGAAACCACCAAUCCACCGCCAUGUGCAAAGUGCUCUGUGUUGUUUACCUCCUCCUAAUCCCAGGGCUCGUCAAGGGGAGACACAACAUGACUCUCGUGAAGUCAGUGCUCAGCGUCGUGUUUGGCCAGAACCAGUGGACCAACACACCAAUCUUCGUGGGUCACAGCACCAAGCAUGAUGACCUAACCAGCUUUAUAAACUGGCUCCACCAGGAUUUGGAGGUUACUACCCUAACUGUGGACUCGCAUAAUCCCCCGGAAAAGUAUAAUCCAAUCGGUUAUCUGAAUGUCACCACGGACAACAGCUUGAGUGUGUUCUUUUGUUAUGGCAGCCAGGACAUAGUUUGGUUCAAUGUCGACAAGUGCCUCCAUAGACUGCGCCGCAGUCGCCUCAUCGUAGUCCUUCGUUCCAAAAGAAGCGCCUCUCGCAAGGCCAUCUUGAACAUAUUCAAGCGCCUGUGGCAGCUUCAGUUUCUCAGUGCACUCGUUCUCCACCAGGAGAAUAUCUAUUCCUAUUCCCCCUAUCCUACUGUACACUUCUUCAAGAUGGACAUUGAAACGAACCCACUCUUCGCUCCGGCCACCCAAAACUUCCGGGGCUAUGUGGUGUCUACCCCAGUGGAGAACGAUAUACCGAGGGUGUUUAUGGUCCGCGAUCAUGCCACUGGACGCAGACGGAUUCGGGGAUACGCAUAUCGCACAUUAGUGGAGUACUUGCAUCGCCACAAUGCCUCGCUGCAUAUAACCAAUCCGGACGCCGACCUCAGUCCCACCAGCAAUGUCAACAUGAGCCGGAUUGUACAGCUAAUAAUGGACGACCAGCUGGAGAUUUCCGUGCAUCCCUACGUCCACACCCCCAAGGACUGGGGAGACAAGAGCUAUCCUUUGGUCAUAUCGCCCAACUGCCUUAUUGUUCCAGUACGAAAUGAGAUUCCCCGGCAUAUGUAUCUCCUGAGACCCUUCGACACCAGCUCCUGGUACUCCCUUCUCGUGGGUCUGCUGUUCAUCACAGCAGCUCUCUUCUGUCUGAGUCCAAGAAGAAAGGGGCGCCACUGGUCGCAGACCCUAAGCUUGAGUUUUCUGGACGCCAUCAGCCGGGUGCUGUUCAUCUGUUCCCCGACAAAAACAUACAGACCAUCCAUCCGAUACUUCGUUGUUUGCCUGCAACUGACGGUUCUCGGAUUCGUCAUCACCAGCUGGUUCAACAUCGAGCUGGACAGCUUUUUGACCGCCCUGGUGAUUGGAGAACAAGUAAACAGCAUGGAGCAGCUGGUGCAACAGCAACAGAAGGUUCUUGUGAAAGAAUAUGAAACGGCUAUACUUCUGCGCCACGUGGAGCCCCAUAUGGUGGAUAGGGUGGCCCUUCUUCUGGUCGGCGUCGAUGCCAGCGAACAAGUGUCCGCCCUACUGAGUUUCAAUCGGAGCUAUGCGUAUCCCUUUACCGAGGAGCGGUGGAGGUUCUUCGGGAUGCAACAACAGUACGCCUAUAAGCCGAUCUUCAGGUUUUCCACCGCCUGCCUCGGAUCCCCCCUCAUUGGCUAUCCGAUGCGCAGCAACUGCCACCUGGAGUACACCCUCAACCUAUUUGUAAUGAAGAUUCAGGACUCGGGAUUGCUAUCCCACUGGCUCAUCUCCGAUUUCAACGACGCCAUGCGGGCAGGCUACGUAACCCUGCUGGACAAUGUUCUUGGCUUUCAGGCUAUCGACGUGGACACCUUGCGGUUGGCUUGGUGUGUCCUGGCCUUUGGCUGGAUCCUCUCUUCUUUGGUAUUUUCUUGUGAAUACUAUGGCUUUUACCCUUGGCGGAUUGUAACAGAGUUUCGUUAAUAAAUUAGAUAGCUUUACA